CUGUUAUAAAUUCUUUAAUUGUUUCAUGAACCCUUUUUCCCUCCCAAUUCGCACCGAUCCGAUUUUGAAACCUCAACAACCGUCAACUUACCCGCACGUUACUCGCUCACCUCUUCUCUCUCAGCUCCUCUCGCUCUAUCAUUCUUCGACACAACCCCAUCACCAUGGCUUCCCCACAACCGCCACCGACCACGCCGGCAAACGAGCACGAAGCCGCCCCUCCGCCGCACUCCCUCCACCGUCCCCAGCGACGGCUCUGGUCGAGAUUCCGCUUAAGCUCUUGCCUGCCGAGCCCCUGCCUCCGCCCGAAGAAGGUCCUGAUCCACUCCUCCUGGAUCACCCUAGUCGGCCUCUUCCUCAUCCGCCUCGCCACCGCCGACACCAGUAGUGCCACCGAGGCCAGAGUCUUCGCCAUCGCCGGCGCCGCCGUCGCCUCGCUCCCCUGGCUCCUCAUCUUCCUCGCAACCGCCGCCAUCACCGUCUUCUUCGAGGCCGGCAUCUGCGACCUCACCUGGAUCUUCUCCGGAUCAGGAGGCGGGCCGCCCCGGAGGAAGCACCGCCAGGAGCAGAAUGCGGAGGACGACGGCAGCGACGACGCAAUCGGCGCCGCAGCAAGAGCACGCGGCGGAGGUGCAGCAGACGAAGGGGCCGGGAAGGAUGGGACCUGUUUGCCGUCGGCAGUGGAUGAAGCGUCGACAUCGUCGGCUGCGCCGGCGGCAGCUGAGGCGGCAUCGCCACCAUGAUCGGAACCCUUUCCCGACUUCUCGGAGGCCUGGUAUUUGGACUGAUUCGAUGGGUUCACCUUUGUGGGAUUCUGUAAUUUUCUUCGGGUGAGUAGUUGUUGAUUCUACGGUUAGUGAUGGAGCAUUAUGCAAUUGUUUCUAUUCUCUCGAACAUGAAAAUGAUUUGGAAAUUGAGAUCAGUCUUUUAU